GGCCUAGGAAUUGUCUGUAGUUAGCGAUAUUUUGUGAAUAUAAUUAAUACAUGUUAUAUUUGAGUUGUUUUGUUAAAAGGUGAUCUCGCUGUUUUUAAUCAAGCGCUGUUCAGAACGCUACUGAAGACGCGCGUUGACAGUGUUGUCACGUGCUGUUCCUCGAGAAAAACAGCGCUGGAUCUUCAACGCCACGAAAAUCUAUACAUCGCACAACAACAGUGCGCUCAAAACACAAACUCUAAUGUGCAGCUCCAACUGUGUAAUUCAGCGUGUUUUGCUCGUGCAGAGCCCGAUUCAUGGCUUUACAAAGAUCUUGGCGUAGCUGAGAAUGGUCUGAGGUGAUUUGUGUGGGACACAGGCAUCACGACUGGGCAUCCCUGCGGAGAAUCGCUCCAGCGCUUUCAUCUGGAUGUGAGGACUGGUCUAGUUAUCCGUCUCUCACCUCCUCUGCAUUUUUCCUUUUUUUUUUUUGGAUUGUUUCUUUUCUCGGAGGGGAUCAUGGGGGGAGCAGUCAGUGCUGGCGAGGACAACGAUGAUUUGAUAGACAACCUGAAGGAAGCGCAGUACAUCCGCACAGACCGCGUGGAGCAGGCCUUCAGGGCCAUAGACCGUGGAGAUUAUUACCUGGACGGCUACAGAGACAAUGCCUACAAGGAUCUGGCGUGGAAGCACGGGAAUAUACACCUGUCAGCGCCGUGUAUCUACUCUGAGGUGAUGGAAGCCCUGAAACUCCAGCAGGGUUUGUCUUUCCUGAACCUCGGCAGCGGCACGGGAUACCUGAGCACCAUGGUCGGCCUGAUCAUAGGUCCGUUUGGAGUAAAUCAUGGCGUAGAGCUACACAAGGAUGUGGUGGAAUAUGCAAAAGAAAGACUGGAUGACUUCAUUAAAAACAGUGACAGCUUUGACAGGUUUGAGUUCUGUGAACCACACUUUGUGGUGGGGAAUUGUCUGGAGAUUUCCUCAGACAGUCACCAGUACGACCGCAUCUACUGCGGCGCUGGAGUUCAGAAGGACCACGAGAACUACAUGAAAAUCCUGCUGAAAGUCGGAGGAAUUUUGGUCAUGCCGAUAGAGGAUCAGCUGACUCAGAUCACCAGAACCGGUCAGAGCUCCUGGGAGAGUAAGAAUAUCCUGGCCGUGUCAUUUGCUCCUCUUGUUCCGCAGAGCAGGACAGACGGCUGCAAGCCUGAAGCUGUGGUGCUCCCGCCGCUGUCCGUGAGGAGUCUUCAGGACCUGGCGCGAAUCUACAUCCGCCGGACCCUCCGCGACCUGACCAACGAGGAGCACCCGGCCCACAACAACACGCAGCGAUCGUCCCAGAAGCGCAAACGCAGGCGCUGCCGCCGCCGCCGCCGCAUCAACACCUACGUGUUCGUGGGCAACCAGCUGAUUCCUCAGCCCAUGGACAGCGAGGAGGACGAAUGCAUCGAGGAGGAGAGCAAAGAGGAGGAGCAGGAGAAAGACAUUGAGCCUGUCAAACCCGAGGAGCCGCGGGUCAACCAUCUGAGAGACAAAAUCCUGAGUCUGCCGCUGCCCGAGUCGCUGAAGGCGUACCUGCUGUUCUACCGCGAGAAAUAACACGCCGGCCCGUAGAAGCAUUCAUCAGCGGCGGUGCUUUCCACUUUCCUUCUCAGACUACUCAAUUUCAUAGUUUUUUUGGAUAAUGUAGCAUAAUUUCAAGAUUUAAACAGGGUUGGGCUGUGUUGGCCAGAGACGUGGGGGUUGAUUGUGCUUGCUGUGUUUGUUCUAACGGCUCAUAACCUUGUAAUAUUCACAUUUUUCACUUCAGAGGACCUUGGGGGUUUAGAAGCUUCUUGCUCACCUUGUUUGUAUUGAGAAGAUGUGAAGGAAGCUCUUUUUCACAGGCUUGUAUUGUAAGACCAGCUGUUUGAUGAAACCAGUAAUGACUGUUUUCUUUCUUAUUUUAAUUCUAGGGAGAAUGAAAAUUCGAGUCAUUAUUUUGGGAUUGAUUUUUGCCUUCUUUGAUUCUGCGAAGCUUUCUGGAGUUUUCGCUGUUUAUGAUGCUUAUGCGUUCGAUAGCUCUUUGGACUGUUUUAGUGAAAUUCAUCUAGAGAUCGUUUUUUUUUGGCCUGUGUGUUUUUUUUCUAGUCACAUUUGUAAGUACUGAUAUUGAGCUGUCACUUAAUAGAUGAUGUAAUUUUUUGGAUUGUUCCUUUCUUUCGUCUUCGAGUCGACCUGAAGACCUAACGCUCCACUGUUCUGCUUGUGAUCAUAAAAUGUUAGAGACGUCACUGUUCGUGUGGGUUUGUAAUCGGUGAUUUCUCACUGUCGUAACAACUUGUUUGCAAUAUAUUGUCAGCAUAAGAAUUCUGUGGCUGCAUUUCAGUUCUUCAGUUGAUUGUAGAGGAUUUUGUUAGAUUGAAAUGAAAUGUAAUAGAAUUUGCAUCUGUCAUGUUUGUCACAUUUUCCAAAAAUACACACAGAUUGAGAUAUUGGAAAAAGACCCAAAGUAUGUUUAAUAUGUUCAAUAGAUAUUGUGUUGUUUAAAUUCAUCUGAAACAUUCAUAAAAGAAAAAAUGUCAUCAUAAAAAUUGCAUUUUGUUCUUUUAGUACUGCCCUGAUGAAGCUAUGUAGGAUAUAUACAGUAGAAAAAUAACUUUAUUUAUAUAGUAUAAUGAUUCUGUUGAAAGGUUCUUAAUAUUGUAGCUGUUCACACAUGAUAUCAAGAACCAAGCAUUUGGAAGUACGUACUAAGUACUUUUCAACAGGAUUUUUCUUGUAUUUAAAAUUACUUUGUGUUGUGAAAUAUAUGUACAUUACUGCUGUGCAGCUUUUUCAGGGCAGUACUAAAUAUAUAUAUAUAUAUAUUAAAAAAAAAAAAUAAUAAUCAUUGUAAGAUUUUAUCUAAAUACUAUUUUAUUUUAGUUUAGUUUAUUCCUCAAAUAACUCCAUGAUGCCACAGCUGUGAACCACAGUCUGAUAAGCUGAUGAUUUGACUGUAAAUUUACAUGUGCUAAAAUUAAUGUGAUAAUUUUUUUUAUAAGUACACUAGCACACAGACAUGGACUUAAAAGCCACAAUUUUUUGAUUUUAUGGGGACUUUAAGCACCUUAAGUCAUCGCCUAUCUAUGAAAGGAUGGUGAAAGGGAAACUAGAAUGUAAAGAUAAAAACCAAAAUGAUUUUUCAUAUUUAGCCUUACAUGUUAAGGUACAGUAACUACACCAGCACAGCCUAGAAACAAUGCUUUCAUCUUUUUAAACAGUAUUACACCAGCUUCGAAUACAAAGUGACUUUAAAACUCAUAAAAGAGAGAGGUUUAUGUGUUUUGUUAUUGAGACAGCAGGAUGGCACAUUUAGGUGUAAAAUUGUAUUAAACAAACUUUAAUAGGUUACUCUCCUGAAAACAAAGAUGAUUUAUGACUAUUUUCAGUCAAUCAUGAUAAUGCUCAAAGCGUUUGAGAUAUUGAGAGAAGAAACAACAGGCCAUGCACAUUCUACAUGACCGUAUCUUGUAAUCAUUUUCAUUACUUUUCAUAUUGCUUAUUGACUGUAAACCAGACCGUUUCUCAAGGUAAGAGCAAUUCGUCCGUUGCGUUUGUGAUGGUUUGAUCAUUUCAUGAGAUCUAAUUCCACAGCAUGAUGUCCUACAGAUGCUCCAUGUCUUUUUCUGACUGUAAUUUGAUGCCAUGUUUCUCAACCAUCUUUUCAUUAAAUGUAUUUAAAGCCAA